AGAGACAAAGAGAGAAGGUGAAGCCAUGGGGUGUUUCCUCUGCUCUGGCGAAUCGUCAGUUUCCAAGAAGGACCCCAAGAAAAGGAUAAUUGAUAGAAAAACUAACCGGUGUGAAACAAGCAUUCAUGCGCAAAACUCACAAGGAAUGGUUACGUUGCAUCACACAAUCUCAGUCUCUCCUGUUGCUGUUUUGUUGCUUAGAUUUGCCUACGAGGGAGGAUCGCCCCAUUGCAAAGGAGGAGUCAGAUGGCGGUGGUGGUAAUGACGAGACCAAAGUGCGGACUUUUACCUUUGCCAACUUAGCUGCUGCAACCCAGAAUUUCAAGGAAGACAAUUUCCUUGGAGAAGGAGGUUUUGGAAGAGUUUAUAAAGGUCGUUUGCUAGACACCGGUGAGCUUGUGGCUGUCAAGCAGCUUGAUCGCGGUGGAUGUCAAGGGAUUAGGGAAUUUGUGGUUGAAGUUAUGACGUUAAGUAUGGCUAACCACCCUAAUCUUGUUAACUUGAUCGGCUAUUGUGCUGAGGGUGAUCAGAGGCUGUUAGUCUACGAGUACAUGCCUCUAGGUUCUCUCGAGGAUCACUUACACGGCCCUAAACCGAAAAGAAAGAAGCUGGAUUGGAACACAAGGAUGACUAUAGCAGCUGGUGCAGCCCAAGGCUUAGAGUAUAUGCACGACAAGAUGAAAACCCCCAUUAUAUAUCGAGACUUGAAGGGUUCAAAUAUUUUGUUAGGGGAUGGAUAUCGCCCCAAACUAUCCGACUUUGGUUUGGCUAAAGUUGGCCCUUGUGGUGAUCAGACUCAUGUUUCCACCAGAGUUAUGGGCACUUAUGGAUAUUGUGCCCCCGAUUAUGCGAUGACCGGACAACUCACCUUCAAAUCAGAUAUCUAUAGUUUUGGUGUUGUGCUUCUGGAGAUCAUCACGGGAAGGAGAGCCAUUGACAAUAAAAAAUCUGGUCCAGAGGCAAAUCUAGUCUCAUGGGCAAGGCCAUUAUUCAAGGACCGGAAAAGAUUCCACCAAAUGGCAGAUCCAUCGUUGGAAGGGCAGUACCCGGUGAGAGGGUUGUACCAAGCUCUAGCAAUCGCUGCAAUGUGCGUCCAAGAGCAACCAAACAUGAGGCCCCUCGUUGCUGAUAUUGUCACGGCCCUCAACUAUCUUGCCUCACAGACCUAUGAUCCGAGCGUCCAAGGCCCCAAUACUCUGAGUAGCAGAUCAAAAGGAAAUAGCGAGCGCAACAACCACAACGACAACCAAGUCCAAGGACGGCUCAGUAUCUAGUUGUUCCACUCUCAUCAUUUUUUACCAUCACAUUGAGUUAACUCUUAUACUCAGCUCUUUAUGUAAAUCCACACUUUCGGAGAAAUAUAUUUACAAGUUAUUAUAACAUCAGCUUUGGAAGUUCCAUUUUUCAAAGAUUGAGAGAGCCUGUGUAGAAGCUAUAUUACCUUGUAUAUGGAGCUUAUUUUUCUCAAUAUAUGUACACUUUAAGGAUGUAUUAAAAUAUUAA